AACCUAUGACUGUGCGACUUCUACUCAAUUAUUAUGAAAGGAAGUCAGUUCUGAUCAUGUUUAUGGGUCAAACAGUGUGUGAUCCGCUUCCCUAUUGAUCAAACAUAUUCCCAGUAAUUAACACCAACUUCAAAAGAUGUUUGCGCAGCUAAUUGUGAAAAGAAAACAAAAGACUUUAGGCGAGACGACAAAAUAUUCGUAUAAAUAAAUAUGUUCAGCCUUAUCGACUAGUUCAUGGCAAUUAAUCAAAUCGACGAAUUUCAAAGUUGUAAAUUAAUUAAAGUCAUAAAUGUAGGGUAUCUGAUGAUCACACACAUUUCAUACUCGUUCAGUUUGUAGAUCAACUGAAGACAGAUGUUCGGCGAUGGCGGCGCUCCAGGUGACAAACCGAUCCGACCUUGCCCAUCUCAAACUCCGACUCCAAAUCUGAGUCCAAAUCUGAAACGAUUUCAACAGCUUUCCACCUGCCACUCAUCUGAGGCCCAGGGCGCCUUCAGCAGCACCCAUAGACUUCCAAUUGAAAGUUGUAACAAUGAAACAGAGUCUGUGCGGAGGGGAAUUUCCGAGCGCCUCGUGAAUGAGUUUUGGGACCGCAUUAAACAACAAUUUUUAUUUGUUAGCAAUUUAACAUUUAGGUGGUGGGGGAUAUGGAUAUUCGUACAGAGACGAUGAUGAUCACUAAAUGCGAAACUGAAACCGAAUUAAAGCAUACAAUAUAAAUUGCUGGCAAAUGACUCAUGUAUUUUAAGCGCAAAAGGCACGAUUAUAGUUGGCGAGUAUUGUCUCCAUUAUUGGUAUAUGAUAAUACAAGUUUUUUCCCUUUUUUUUUUUUUGGCAAUUAUUGCUACCCCUGCCCUGCUGCCAUUGCCAUCCCGAUCGACAGCAUGGAUGCGGCAUGAAACCCGUUUGGCGCCUGUGAACCCGGCAACCCAAGCCCAAGGGUCCCCAUCCAUAUAAAAGACGCACUUGAGCUGAUCGAAUUAAACAGUUGCACCCCAAGCAGCCUCUCCAUAACAUACGAGUAUUCUCCCAAGCGAAUCCAACAUGUACAAAUACCUGUUCUGCCUUGCUCUCAUCGGCUGCGCUUGCGCCGACAACAUCAACAAGGACGCCCAGAUCCGAAGCUUCCAGAACGACGCCUCUGAUGCGGAGGGCAACUAUCAGUUCGCCUACGAGACGAGCAACGGCAUCCAGUACCAGGAGGCCGGCAAUCCCAAUGGAGUGCGCGGUGCCCUGGCCUAUGUGUCGCCCGAAGGUGAGAAAAUCUCCCUGAGCUACACCGCCGACGAGGAGGGAUAUCACCCUGUGGGCGAUCACUUGCCCACUCCACCGCCAGUGCCCGCCUAUGUGAUGCGCGCCCUGGAGUACAUUCGCACGCAUCCCCCAGUAUCCGCUCAGAAGGAUCAGUAAAUACGCUGGGAGCCCCAUAAAGCACCGCCAGCACUAGCACCACCACCACCACCACCGGACUCCAAGCUGCGGCCAGUCAUUGUUAUUUAGAGACAUACAUACAUACAUACAUUCGUACGUUAUUUUAGUAGUUAUCGUUAAUAAAGCCCGUCAAUACAGGAAUUCCCUUUGAUUCCCUUU